AUGCCCGACAUAGAUCCCGCGGCCUUGAGCCGCCCCUCGGUCAGCCUCUCGACCCCGAUAUUGAAGUCCAUCACCGUCUCCGCCCCGGCCUCCCAGAAGCCCAAGACCUCCCAGAUAAUACCCGCCCGCAUAGACCUGGAGCCGCUUUAUGCCGCCCUCAAGUCCGCCAUCGGCAGCGAACAAUGGGCCGUCUACAAAGAGUCCACCACCCAAUUCGUUCUCGGCCGCCUGAACCAGGCCGAGUACUCGGAGCGCAUCGAUCCCAUCCUCGCCUCCCCCAAUGGCGAGAAGGACCAUCUCCACAACCAGCUCCUCGCCGCCAUCUAUGGCAACCUGACGAGGGAAAUGCCAGAUGCCGGCUUAGCACCAUGGGUUUCUGCUAACGACAAGCCCACCGCGGGCGUCGGCGCAAAGCCUGUUACGGGCGAUGCCGCCGAGAGGAGACUGAAGGGAGAGGUCAUGCAGCUCCCGACUCGAGACCGAAGGCGCAUCAAGGAGCUGGCCAACAAUGACUUCGACCCGUACGAGUCAAUGGCCAGCAUGUUUUCCGAACAUCACCGAGGCAAGCCUCUGCGAGCCGCCGAAGUACCUCCGAGUGCCGCAGGAGGCCUGAACAAGAUGAAUUGGGACUUGGAAAUCAAGAAGCGUUACCAGCUGCCACUGGCUGUCGAGUCUGGAGAGUUCCCGGACACGGCCAUGAUCGAAGGGAGAAUGCUGCCUUUCUGCUACGAAGCUGGCCUGGUGAACGGCCACACCCCUGAAGCCGCCCAGCUGAUGAACGUUGCGACCGAGACCUUUAUCAAGGAACUAUUGUCGGCCGUCUUCACGAGGACGCGAAGCAACGGACCAGGUGACUCGGGAAGUGCUGGGUUCGGCGCAGGCGCAGGCUGGAUUCAGACCAAGAAGUACCGCCGGCAACUAAGACGCGAAGAAGCAGCGCUAAUGCGUGGAGAGCUCUCCAAAGACAAGAGUGGCAUGCUUCCCAUCGAAGCAAAGGCGGCCAGCGAGAGACCGCCCCUGGGCAUGGCCGACUUCCGGCUUGCUCUAGAGAUGGGCGACUGUGGCUUGGGUUCAAUCCCCAUCGUCACCAAGUCCGUCAUGUACAGCUAUAGGGAAGGCGAGCUGGAACACUGGGAUGACUAUUCCUACAUUGAUGGUUACGAGCCCGUUGCCAUUGAGGACAUGGAAAUGGUGGGCGGCAUUGACAGCACAAAUGCCAUCACGAACGGAGAGUUUGAAUCGGAGCCCAUGGACAUUGACGAGCCAUGGGGCUGGCAAGGCACAGAUCCUGCAGACUUGCUAGACCUUGACAGCGUCCUUGACUCGUGUCUGGCAGCGGCAUGA